GUCACCGAUAGUAUGCGAGAUGGUGUUGUGUAAGUCUGUACGUAUGACUUCACAGCAGUAACAUAGACCUGGUUCAAUGGAAAGUGGGUCACUCACUUUCACUUGUUAUUGCACGGCCCGGCCGUAAUCAUUUCGCGUCGUACCCCCUCGCGAGUCGGUCAGUACGAAGGGGUCGCCCGUGCGCUCAGUCCAGUGUCGGUACCGUCCGGAUAAGCAGCGUCGCGCGUGAACACAUUUUUUUGGAUACCCCACCCCCGCCCGUUUCGUCGCAUGGAUUUAAGGGACGCGAGUGUCGAGACCUUCGGACCGGCGUCGUCGUCGCCCGUACCACUACCCUCGGUCAUGUUCGCGUGGUGCAGGUGACGCAAAAAACUACCGGGAACGUCCAGCGAGAAAUGUUACUGGACAUGGAGAACCAAUCCACUUUGUUGUCGUUAAACAUGUCCCCGUUCAACCCAGGCCAGGGCGACUCGCCUGCCGCCCAAGCGUCCAGUCCCUUGUCCCAUUACGGUUCACCGCCCAUAUCGACCCCGUACGCUAGUUGUCAACAGACGACGAUGGGCGGCGGCGGCAUGCCGCCCCAUCCGAACAUGAUGAUGUCGUCCCCUAACAUGGGCAACCUGGACUCGUCUUACUCUUAUUUGUUUUCUUCAGGGACGGGCGCGAUCUCCGGUAUAGAUAUGGGCGCCGCGUACCAGAUCGCCGGUCCCAACGGCGGGACGACCAUCGGUGGAGGCGGCGGUGCCGGGGGCGGCGCCGCCGAAACCACCGACACCAAAUACGGGAUCGAGGAACUAUGUCCGGUAUGCGGUGAUAAAGUUUCCGGUUAUCAUUACGGUUUGCUGACGUGCGAAUCGUGCAAGGGAUUUUUCAAGAGGACCGUACAAAACAAAAAGGUGUACACGUGCGUCGCGGAACGGAGUUGUCACAUCGACAAGACGCAGCGGAAACGGUGCCCGUUUUGCCGCUUCCAGAAGUGCCUCGACGUCGGCAUGAAACUCGAGGCUGUACGCGCAGAUCGGAUGCGAGGCGGCAGAAACAAAUUCGGUCCGAUGUACAAGAGGGACAGGGCGCGGAAGUUGCAAAUAAUGCGGCAGCGGCAACUGGCCGCCCAGACAUUAAGGGCUGGUGGUUCUCUGGGCGCGGAAGGCAUUUACACUAACCAGCCGGGCACGUCGCCCUUCGCCAACAUCCACAUCAAGCAGGAAAUCCAAAUUCCCCAGGUGUCAUCGCUGACAUCGUCGCCGGAUUCGUCGCCGUCGCCCAUAGCGGUGGCGCUGGGUCAGGUCGGUUCCCAAAUGGUUCAGCAGGCGUCGAGUCAGCAACCUGCGUUGCAGAUCGUCGGGGUGCCGGGAAACGCGAACGGCACGAUGCCCACCGUAAUGAACGCCGACCAAAAGAUCUGGGGUCAGGCCAAUUCGACAACGACAUCGCCCCAUUCGCUCAGUCCCAAAGUGUUCCAAUUCGAGACUGUAGUGCCGAGCGGGAGCGUGUCCCAGAACAAAGUGUCGCCCCUGAUACGGGACUUCGUGCAGGCGAUAGACGACAGGGAGUGGCAGAACUCGUUGUACGGACUCUUGCAGAGCCAGACUUACAACCAGUGCGAAGUGGACUUGUUCGAGUUAAUGUGUAAAGUGUUGGACCAGAACUUGUUCUCGCAGGUCGAUUGGGCGAGGAACUCGAUAUUUUUUAAAGAUCUCAAGGUCGACGAUCAGAUGAAGCUGCUGCAGCACUCGUGGUCCGACAUGCUGGUGCUCGACCACAUCCACCAGCGGAUGCACAACAAUCUACCGGACGAGACCAUACUCCACAACGGUCAAAAAUUCGACCUGCUCAGUCUCGGUCUGCUGGGCGUGCCCAGCCUGGCCGAGCAUUUUAAUAAUAUUACGGCGAAACUGCAGGAAUUGAAAUUCGACGUCAGCGAUUACAUAUGCGUCAAGUUUAUGCUGUUGCUUAACCCAGGUAAUUCGCAUGAUGCGCAGCAAAAUGGGGAAUACCGUUGUUCCGUUGCAGAUGUCAGAGGCAUCACAAACAGGAAACACGUCCAGGAAGGGUACGAGCAAGUGCAACAAGCUUUGCUCGAAUAUACUGUCACGUGUUAUCCACAAGUGCAGGAUAAAUUCAGCAAGAUGCAGGCGAUCCUGCAGGAAAUCCACAACCUGGCGGUCAGAGGGGAGGAACACCUCUACUUGAAGCACUGCUCCGGGUCGGCGCCCACGCAGACGCUGCUGAUGGAGAUGCUCCACGCCAAACGGAAAUAACGGCCCCACGUGGCGAACCAGUCGUUACCAUAUCUGUGUGCAAUAGCGCUUAACGAUGUAUAUAGUACGCGUCAAAUCUCAUGCCGCUGACGGCACCUCUGGUCGCCGACAGGUCCCGCGGAUGGACGGGCAGCAGAAACGAUGCCUUCACACGAAGUACAAAGGCCCCCCCGCCCCUACUGGCACGGCAUGAUAUCCGUCAAAUGUUGUUCUUUGAGCGGCCACAGCAUCUCGGCUCAUAUAUUGAUAUAUGGUGAUGGUACCGUGUGGUAAUGCGAACUGUUCUGACAAUUCGACUUCGCUCUAUUAUUUUCAUUUUGCCACAGUACAAAAAUAAAACACCCAUCUCCCCAGCCUCCUCUAUUCGUCCACGAACUCGUCUCCUUCCGAAAACAUACAAACGCUUCUCGAAAGAGUCCUCUGUUAAACAGCACCUCAGCUUGUCGGACUUGUGGCAUGUCCACCAGAAAUGCAUGCGCUCAAGAGUUCCAUUGCUCAAUCCUUUCGAAUACGUCUGGCUUCGCGGCAACUACUGAUACCGCUAAGAGAACAGUUUUUAUUACUCCCAACCUUUUUUUGUUACCGCAACCGGUGCCCAUCCGUUUUGUGUUCUUUAUAUAUUUUUGUCUAUAGCGAUACACAUUCCAUAAUGUAUUCCCCGUGGGAUAAAAGGGCAUCAGAGACUUUUUUUGUAAGGUUAGCUCGCGCGCAUCAGUUUUCCCGUGCGCGAUUGUUUUUUGUUUCGUUAUUUUUUUUCCUAGGGUAGCUUAACAAUUUUUCUUGGUGACGGACUAACAACUCGUAACUGUAUUUGUAAUUAUAAUGUUUAUAUAUGAUUUUUUUUCUGUAUAGGUUAAGUUUUUGAUUAAAGUAUAUUGCAUAUGUUAUAUAUUAUAUAUUCGUGUUGAGGUUAGUAUAAGAGCGAGUACUGUGGUCCAUUGUUUUUCUGUUUCCUUCUCUUACGAACGAGUUAAACAGUCGUCGCCGGUCGCCUCUUUGUUGGUUACUUUUAAGCAAACAAAUCCCUUUUGUUCGGUAACUGAAAGAUAUAUUUUUAUAUUAAAGAUAUAAGCGUUGGUUGAGCAUUGAAAUCGAACAUCGAAAUUGCUGUAGAAUUGUUCAAAGCCGUACAUGUGCCGCUAUAAGGCGGGUCGAAAAAAAUGAACGUUAUUUUUGUCCUUAAACACAGAACAUUCGUUUUCGGUCCACCUUAUAAAAGCUAUAUUUUAAUGUUUAUAAAAUUGUGAUAUGUAACUCGGAUGUUAAUAACGACAUGUUGGCGUGCAUAUUUCAGGAUAGAGAGUUUAAAACUUGUUAUAUUCUUCAAAAAAAAAUGUACAUAACUGUGGCUUUUUAGUGAGAUACAACAGAUGCAUAUAUAUAUACAUACCUAUAUAUAUUUUAAAGUGAGAUUUCUUUAUUUUUUCAUACCGUCUAACUGUGAUAAAAAUUGCAUAAUUAAAUUUAAGCAGAAAGUUAUUUACGACACAUCACAGAGGAAGCUAUUUUUUUGACCAUCACGACUAUUUAUUUGUUUGUAGGCUCUCGGUCGAAGUGAUUUAUAAUGUAUUCGUCUAAAAAAUAAUGGUGCUUAGCUAUUCGUUUUUAUGGAUGUCGAGUCCAGUUGGGCGAAAAAUGCAGACGAAUUUUACAAAUAAAUAGGCUUUUGUCCGAAGAAAUUUACCGGCAGCGCGACGAUCAAAACUUUUAGUUUUAUUUAUUGGAACGUAUUUUUUUACGGCACGGAUAAAAGCUGGAUAAUAUUUUUGCUAGUGCAUUUUUCGGUUCAAUCGGCUCUAGACAGGUCACAGCAAACUUGUAUCACAAUUUUAUAGUUUUAACGUACUAUACCGUUUAGUUUCUAGUAAUGCUUACGAUGUACGGUUCUUAACAUGUAAAUAUUUUAAUGAUUAUAUAUAUUAUAUAUAAUAUGUUGUUAAGUAGAUUGUUAACUGUUGAUAUGUUUGCAUAAAUGUACCGUGAACCGACCGACUUGUUACAGGCAAGUAAGAUUACGCGUUUAAUGUUAAAAGUAUUAACUUCUUCAAUCGACUCGAUUAAGUGUAUUUUUUAGUAUAUCGAACCAAGACCCAAAGUCGUUUACGAAUGCCAUGAGAUACCAUUAAUUUUCCUUUUUGUAUAAAACCGCUUCGAGAUAAUAUUAUAGCGUUAAUUUUCGUUAGUGUACAGGUUUCUUAUUUCAUUUUUAAUUUAGUACUUGCCUUACACUCGCGGAAGGCCCAGAGAGAGAGAGAGAGAGAGAGAGAGAGAGAGCUUAUUAUCAUGAAAAUAUACAUAUUUAUAUAUAAAUAUAUAUAUAUAUAAAAAAAUAUUACCAUUAUUUAAAGCAGUGUGAUUGAAAGGUUGUAAAUAUAAUUUAUGUGGAUCAAAGUGAAGUUUGUAGAAUAAAGUCACCGCC